AUGGGCAUACUUCGAGUAACCAGCACGGACGACGCUAUAAGCGCGUACUACCAGCGGCAGAACGAGAUGAUUGACGGCUUCAGUGAAAUGGACGCCCUCAGUGAGCACCUGCUGCACCCCACCGCUGAGGAGGCGAGGGCAGCAUCCAAGACAGCGCGAGGCGAGCACUGGGCGAUUCAGAUCUCAAAUAUCGCCAAUAUCGUCCUCUUCAUUGCCAAGGUGGCGGCGUCCAUAGAGUCGGGCAGUCUGUCGAUCAUUGCCUCAACGCUGGACUCGCUGCUGGACCUGCUGUCGGGCUUCAUCCUCUGUUACACCGCCCGCUCCAUGCGCCGCCACAACCCCUACAAGUACCCCAUCGGCAAGGCCCGCAUGCAGCCCCUGGGCAUCAUAGUGUUCGCGUCCAUCAUGGCCACUCUCGGCUUCCAGAUUCUGCUGGAGGGCGUCAGACGGCUCACCGACUCGUCCGCACCUGCGGGGCUGGGCAGCAAGUGGCAGGUGUAUGUGGCGAUCAUGCUGUUCGCUAUAGCAGUCAAGGCGGCCCUCUACUUCUACUGCCGCAGAUUCACAGGCAACGACAUCGUCCUCGCAUACGCUCAGGACCAUUUCUUUGACGUGGUGACAAACGUCGUGGGGCUGGCGGCUGCAAUUCUUGCAGGGGUCGUUGCCUGGUGGAUCGACCCUGUUGGCGCCAUUCUGCUCGCCCUGUACACGAUGAUCAACUGGGGCCGCACCGUCUUGGAAAACGUCAACUCGCUCACAGGCCGGUCGGCGCCGCCAGAGUUCCUGCAGAAGAUAACGUACCUGUGCUGGAACCACCACGAGGCCAUCCUGGCGAUCGACACCGUGCGCGCCUACACCUUCGGCACGCUCUACUUCACUGAAGUGGAUGUAGUGCUGCCCCGCGACAUGCCUCUCGAGGAGACGCAUGACAUAGGCGAGUCGCUGCAGAACAAGCUGGAGCGGUUACCGGAGAUAGAGCGUGCGUUUGUGCAUCUGGACUACGAGGUGGAGCACAGGCCAGAGCACCACCAGCACUCCUCGUUCCCCGCUCCCCCCGCUGCACCCACCAUCACAACCCUCCCUCCUCCCGACACCCCCACUGGAUGA